UCUCAUCACAGUGCUUCAUACGGUGGGUUCUCAUUCUUGGUGGUCCUCCUCUUCUUCUUCAUGGAACGACCAUUGCUGGCCUUAAUCUUUGUGUUCUUGGAGAUCAUAGGAUCUUUUUCGCAGGAUCCUAACCUUUCGACUGUACCAGUCUAUCCUCCCCCGCCUCCAUCACUGCCUCCACCGCCCCCACCACCUCCUCCUCCUCCUUCUCCUUUGCCGCCUCCGCCACCGCCACCGCCACCGAGGCCUCCACCACCACCUCGACGGCCGCAAGUCCCCCAUGGAGCGUUCAACUCCACUACAGGCAGAGGUGCAGUUGCAGGUUCUGGACAAUCUAGGUCUCCGCCUCCACCUCCUCGGCGUUACCGUCGGCCUCCUCAACGUAAUGGACGGCAACCCAAUGGGAAACGUCGCAUUAGAAAGACCCCUGUACAGAAGAUCAAUCUGGGGAAGAAGAUCGGGCUGUUGUUUGCUGGGAUCGCCAUGAUAUUGCAGGUCGCUGUCGUGGGAUUCCUAGUUAUUAAGAGACGGGAGAUUUCAAAGAUCUAGGACAGAGAAUGACACUUGAAAGCCCUCUUGACUUGGUUUAGCAGUAUCAAAACUCUCUCGCUAUUCCCCUCCUUGGUGGGAGUGGGACGGUAUCGAGCUGCAGAGGCGUUCGAGUUUGAUCCAUUGAUUGAGAUUCUUUUGGUGAUUUAGGUGCGAAUGGAGAAGGAUAUGUAAACGGGAAAUCUGUAAAAUUGGUAAAAUAUGAUCGCCAUUUUUCCUCACUUUAUUC